UUAUUUAUUUUGUAAAUGUAGAGAUAAAUAGCGUUUAUUAUAUUACAAUUAUCAGUAUUAUCAAAUUAUGAAAUUGCAAUAAAUAGAACGCAAGUGUUACAAUAGAUAUAUAAUAAAUUUAUCUACCGUACGUCUGUGUUGUUAUUUAAAUAUGUCGGAAGAGACUCCAGAGUAUUCAAUAGAAGAGAAUCAAAAUGAAGAGUCUGAUAUUAAGUCGGAACCGUGUUCCGAAGACGAAGAGGGAGUUUAUUUGGAAGAGCUAAAUAACCUUGAAGUAACAAUGGAUGAAUCAGUAGAUCAGGAAUUGGAUCUCAGGCGUCGCCAUAAAUGCGACAUUUGUAACAAAACAUUCACCAAACCAUACCUAUUAAAAAACCACAAAGUCAUUCAUAGCGAAAUAAAAGAGUUCCAAUGCACACAUUGCCCAAGGGCCUUCAAACACGCAAGUAACUUAACAUCUCAUAUCAGAACUCAUACCGGUGAAAAGCCUUUCGUGUGCACCGCUUGUGAUAAAGCCUUCAGUAGACACAAUCACUUGAUCCAACAUCUUCGUAUUCAUACCGGAGAACAACCUUUCAAAUGCAGCAUUUGCAAUAAAACAUUCAAUCGAAACGAGAAUCUGAAAAAACAUAUGAAUGUUCAUACCGAAGAACGUCCUUACACCUGUGAUAUAUGUAAUGGCAGGUACAAAGAUUCGGGCUCAUUGGCGAGACAUAAGACUUGUCAUAGUGAAGAACGUUCACAUAAAUGUGAAAUUUGUGAUAAGAGAUUCAAACAAUCGAAGCAUUUACAAACACAUAUGCUUGUUCAUAGCACAGAACGUCCAUUUAAAUGUGAAAUCUGUAACAAAACAUUCAAACUGAAGGUCUGUUAUAAUAUGCACAAGAAUACACAUGCAGAACCACGAUUUAAAUGUGAACUAUGUGAUAAAGCUUUUAUUAGAGUGCAUGCAUUAAAUGUACAUAUGCGUAGUCACAAUGGAGAUUUUCCACAUAAAUGUUCAAUAUGCAGUCGAGGAUUUGGACAAGCGCAGAAGUUAGAACAUUCUCUGUCACUACCAAAACAUCUAGAAAAUGUUCAUAAUAUGAACAAUGAAAUGUCUCAACAAACAGAUUCAUUACAUUUUAAAAUAGAACCUCUAGAUUAUACAGAAGAAGACGAAAGUGGUGCUGAAAAUUGUUCACAAGAUGAAUCAGAGACAUAUAUUAGAGACCACCAAAUAAUCAAAGAAGAACACUAUUCUGAUCCCAAAGUUUCUGACAAUUCUGAAUCUCACAACUGUGAAACCUGCAGUAAGCCUUUUACCUCCUCUUCCAAAUUGAAAGUUCACAUGAGCACCCACAGACGCAAUAAAUCCUUCACAUGCACGUAUUGCCAGAAGGUGUUCAAGCGAGCAGAUGCUCUAGCUGUACAUAUCAGAAUACACACCGGUGAAAAGCCUUAUUCCUGUGAAAUAUGCUCCCGUGCAUUCUCCAGCACCAGCAACCUAAUAAAACACCGACUUGUUCACACUGGUGAAAAAAGAUUUGAAUGUGAAUUAUGCCAAAAAUCCUUUACUCGGAUGAAUAACUUAAAGCAACAUAUGAUCACUCACUCCGGGGAACGUCCCUUUCAAUGUAGCAUAUGUCCAAAGACCUUUACCAAACAAGGACAUGUUUCUCAACACAUGAUUUCACAUACCGGACAACGGUCUCAUAAAUGUGAAAUAUGUGGUAAAAUGUUUGUGCGUUCAGAAUCAUUAAAAAAUCAUUCAAACAUACACACCGGAGAGAUGCCGUUUGAAUGUGAAAUUUGCAAUAAGGCUUUCAGGCUUGCGACUAACUUAAAAAAACACAUGGCCAUUCAUAGCUCAGAGAAGCCUUAUAAGUGUGAUAGAUGUGAUAAGGCUUUUACGAGAAUGGAAGGUUUGAAGACCCAUAUGCACCAUCAUUUAGAGCAAAAACAUUUUAAAUGUGUAAUAUGCGAAAGGGAGUUUAGUUUGGAAAAGUAUUUAAAGAAACACAUGAAAAUUCAUAUCGGGGACAGGAAUUUUAAGUGUGAUGUUUGUGAUAGGGCUUUUGCACGACCAGACAAUUUAAAACAACACAUGAAAAGACAUUUUACAGAUUUUGAAUGUGAGGUUUGUUUAAUGAGGUUUACAUCGUCAAAUAUGUUUACCAGGCAUAAAAAAACACAUAGUGAUGAGAAGAUUUUGAUUAAAGAUGAGAAAUAG